GGCUUCUGUGGUGGUGUGAACUUGCCGGCUGAUAACCGGAAUAGUAUUUCCGCCGGACGGUUUUCGCUGGACGACCAUUCGCGCAACGUUUUCUAGCCGCGCAACACUGUACUGUCAUCGAUUACAGCGCGAACCGGCCGCAGCAGCAGCAGCAACACAAGAGUCUAUCCCAGAGUACUUAACUGCUGGUCGCAGUAGUAGCACACGUCGAAAAUGGGAUUUUUCAGAGAUUUGUCCAGUAUGAGCAAUAAAAAGAGAGAGAUCAACGCUCCUUUGAUAGUCGUCUCCAACCGACUGCCGUUCGUGCUGGCCAGAAACGCCGACGGCGAACUGAUCCGGAAACAAAGCGCCGGUGGUCUUGUGACAGCAGUGGCCCCAGUGGUAGUGGAAUGCAAAGGCACCUGGAUCGGAUGGUCCGGUCUUUUUGACUUCGCGCCAGGCACUCCGAUUCCCGAAUCUGAUCCAUCAGACAAUGCCCCAACAGCCGGCUUGAAAUCCAGUCAGAUCAUUCCCGUACACAUUGAAAAAGAAGAAUUUGAAGAGUUUUACAACGGUUGUUGCAACGGUACGUUCUGGCCUCUGUUUCAUUCAAUGCCGGACCGUGCGAAUUUCGUUUCCAAAGACUGGCGGACUUACUGUAAAGUCAACGAAAAGUUUGCCGAAUGCACACUGGACGCUCUGAGGAAGGUGAUUAAGACGUUGGACGACGCCGGAGAAACGGACACGAUACCUCUGGUGUGGAUACACGACUAUCAGUUGCUGACCACGGCCACGACGAUACGGAGCGUCUGCGAAGAAGAGAAUCUCCGGUGCAAGCUGGGUUUCUUUUUGCACAUACCGUUCCCGUCGUGGGACAUCAUGAGAUUGCUGCCUUGGGACGACCAAGUCCUCCAGGGAAUAUUGGCGUACGACUUCGUUGCGUUCCACAUUGAAGAUUACUGUCUUAACUUUAUCGAUUGCUGUUGUCGACGACUCGGUUGCCGGGUAGACCGGACCAACAUGUUGGUGGAACUCGCCGGCCGCACCGUCCAAGUGAAACCUUUGCCCAUCGGCAUUCCGUUCGAACGGUUCGUACAACUGUCGGAAAAAGCGCCGACAUUCCUAAACAUGCCGGAGGACGUUAAGGUCAUACUCGGCGUGGACCGGUUAGAUUACACCAAAGGUUUAGUUCAUCGGAUCCUGGCGUUCGAGAAAUUCCUAGAAAAGUAUCCCGAGUUUUGGGAAAAGGUCGUCCUCCUUCAGAUAUCUGUGCCGUCCAGAACGGACGUUAAGGAGUACAAACAGUUGAAAGACGAAACCGAACUGCUGAUCGGCCGAAUCAACGGGCGUUUUUCUAAGCCCAACUGGUCUCCGAUCCGGUACAUUUACGGUUGUCUGAGCCAAGAGCAGUUAGCGGCCCUGUACAGGGAUUGCGCCGUUGCGCUGGUCACGCCGCUCCGGGACGGCAUGAACUUGGUGGCCAAAGAGUUUGUCGCCUGUCAGAUACGCACGCCGGGCGUGUUGAUCUUGUCGCCGUUUGCCGGCGCCGGCGGCACCAUGCACGAAGCGUUGCUGGUCAACCCGUACGAACUGGACGAGAUGGCUAACGUUCUGAACCGGGCACUGAAAAUGCCAUUGGACGAGCGCGAGCUGCGAAUGACCCAAUUGCGACACCGGGAACAGCUGUUGGACGUCAACUACUGGAUGACGUCGUUCUUCUCGUCGAUGGGCGCCCUAAAGGACGAGGACGAGGAACCGCCGAAAACGUUGCAGCUCCGGCUUGACGAUUUCGACAUGUACCUGAGCAACCACAUCGCUGGCGCCGGUAAACUCAGUCUGAUACUCGACUACGACGGCACGCUUACACACCUGACGUCGCACCCGGACCUGGCCAUCAUGUCGGAAGAGACGAAGAAGGUGUUGCAGAGGUUAACCCGGAUGCCGGACGUUAACAUCGCGGUUAUUUCCGGGCGGACGCUGGAAAACGUCAAGACCAUGGUCGGCAUCGAGAACAUCACCUACGCCGGUAGUCACGGCAUCGAGAUCCUGCACCCGGACGGCACCAACUUCGUACACCCGGUGCCCAGGCAGUACGAACAAAAGGUGUCGGGCCUGCAGAAGGCCCUCAUGGACGAGGUGUGCAAGGACGGGGCCUGGGUGGAGAACAAGGGCGUCAUGUUGACGUACCAUUACCGGGAAGCGCCGCCGGCGAAACGGGAGAUGCUGGAGAAACGGGCCAUAGAGAUAUUCGAAAACGCCGGUUUCGAACCGCACCAGGGCAUAUUGGCCAUCGAGGGCAAGCCGCCUAUAACGUGGGACCAGGGCAGAGCGUCCAUUUACAUAUUGCGCACCACGUACGGCGUCGACUGGUCCGAGAGGGUGCGGGUCAUAUACGCCGGCAACGAGGACGCCAUGUUGGCCCUGCAGGGCAUUGCGUGCACGUUCCGGGUGGACCCGUCGCCAAUGGUGCAAACCGCCGCCGACUUCCGGUUGUCCGGGCCGGACGCCGUGCUUACCAUGUUGAAGUGGGUCGAAAAAGAAAUGCAUAAGAGAUUACCGACGCUCAGCCGGACGGUCAGCAACAGCAGAAAACAAAACACAGCCCUAGCAGCCAGUAUUCUUUCUCAUAUGAGCAUAGACCAGAAAGAAGAAGAAAAGGAGAAGAUGAUCCUACUGGCGAGGAGAUCAAAAUUAACGCCAUAAACGAUACUCAUAGAAAGAUUAAAUCGAACGUAACACAGAUUACCACUUUUUUUUAACGUUAAGAAAUUUCUAAUUUUCGUUAUUUAUUUAUACAUAAAAAUAAUAAUACAACAUUUUAGAAUUAGUAAUGAUAUUUUUUUUAGAAAUGAACAUAUUAUUUUUUAAAUUAUAUUUGUUUUAUUUUAAUGUGUAAAUUCUAUUAUUGUGUUUAUUUGUGAAUAAUAUAAUAUAACAUCGAUGGCGGUCGUCACAAUAA